AUGGACUGCGGAAUGUACCCCCACUCGAAAUGCCUCUGUAGUGGUGACUGCGAGGUAAUUUCAACCCUUUCCUCUGAAAUCCAAGUCCCUCAAGUCCCGUGUGAAUCUUCGCCGAGUCUCUGCUGCUGCAGCUACAAUCCCCCCAUAGAAACCAAAGACGACGAGAUACACGACUUGGACUUCGCCCUGCGUAAACUCUCCGUAAUGAAGUGUCAAAUGAAGAAAUGGAGACUAGAGAGGCUCAACCUCGAGAGCAAAUUCCGCGCCCUGAAGGAGAAACUCCAAUCCCUAGGUGUUGAUCCUGAGGAGCCCCUGAAGACGGAUCCUCUUCUGGUUCAUUACCGUGACGAGGCAAUACGUCUGGAAUCCGUCAAAGAAGACCUAGAGGAGAAGAUCAGAGACCUGGAGGAUACCCUAACUGAACGGGAGCUUUACUCUAGUCCGUGUGAUGGUGCCCGGGUGAUCCACGAGAAGAUGCGGGUACUUCGCGAGCAAUUCCGCAUCGACAAGAAAAAGUUGAGGGAAAAAAUAAGAGAGCUGAGGGUGAAGGUGGCCGAUGCAGAGGACGAGGUAUCCUGUGCCGGUGUAAAUCGCCUGCGGGCAAAACUCCGGAAUUUGGUAAAGACAAUUGGUGACAAAGGAGAAUGCAAAAUUACAGCGACUGAGGAAAAAAUCGAGGGGCAAAUAAUGUUGAUGGGAAACUUGGAGGAGAUGAGAGAUGAGUACGAGCGUACUCUACUGGAAAAUGAGAGGCUAAAACGUGAACUUGGUGAGAGGAUGGUGAACGUUGGGGACACGGGGCACGAGAUUAUCGGUGACAAGAGUGAGCUGGUGGGAAUGAGGAAAAUGUCAAAGGAAUCGGAUGAGGGUUUGGUGGGUGCGAGGGACAGGGAGGGUGAAGAUAUUGUUGAGGAUUUGAGAAGAAAAUUGAGGGAGAAGGAGGGAGUCAUUCUGGGAUUGCAAAAACGAAUGUCUGAGGAUGCUGAUAGAAUGAGUGUGAGUCAUAAAGUUGUGAUGGAGGAAGUCACUGCUGCCAAAGAGGAGCUCAGGAAAAGGGAUGAGAAGAUUCAGGAGCUGCUUGGAACCCUCGGUCGGAGUUCCCUGGAUCUUCUGGGGAUGUCGUCAGUUCAGGGUGAGAUAGAAGUGCUGAAGCCUCAGUUGUAUGAUCUGACAAUAGAGCGUGAUAAAUUGCUGGCGGAAAUUCGUAAAAUCAGGGAAGUAGUCUCGGACAGGAAUGAUCAGAUUAUAGAGAUCCUGGAGCAACGUGACAAGUUAUCAGAAGAUUCAAGGGAUAAAAUCGUAGCUUUACAGGGUAGGAUCGAUGCGUUGUUGGGACAGGAGUUGAUAUAUCGUGGGGAGAUUGAUGGGCUGAGGGAUCAGGUUGAUGAAAGGGAGAUACGUGAGACAGAGCUGAGGAAUAGAAUUGCUGAGUUGGUGAUACAGGGAGAUAAUGCAUCUGCUCUCGAGGAUAGAAUUCGAAACCUCGAGGCGGAACUCCAACUGGCGAAUCAUAAUGUUGAGAUAAUGGACAAGCAGAUUGAGAAAUUGAAGAUAGAUCUUCAGCUUCUGAAUGACGAGAAAGUCGAAAUGCUGGAUAAAUUUCAGAGAGUUAAUCAAGAGGCUGAAGAGAUGAGGGGAGAACUUGAAAAGUGUCGUGGAGAGUGCGAGAAACUCGGAGAGCGAAAUUCUGAUCUUCAGGUUGAACUCGAGGAGGUGAAGAGUCACUUUGAGAAAAUCAAGGGUGAUAAUAGUCAGCUCAAAUUAACUUGCGAUAAUUUACUGGAGAAGAAGAAUAUUUUGAGCGAGGAGAAUGGUGUGCUUGGUGAUGAGCUGGAUAAAAUGAGAGGUGAAUCCCUGAAAUUAAUGAGUGACAUUGAGAGUUGUGAGCUGGAGGGAAAGAAGUUGGAAAAUAAAAAUGCGGAACUCGAGGAUGAACUUGAAAAGUUGAAGAGCCUUUUCGACUCAAUGAAGAGUGAGAAUGAAAACCUGAAGACUUCCCUCGACCAAAAGACCUCGGAGAUCAUAGAUUUGAAAUCAGCAAGCGAUAAUCUUCUGGGGAGUAAAAAAAGUUCUGACGAUGAGAGAAAUAAAUUAUCUCUGGAGCUCAAAGAAAUGUCUGGAGAACUGGCGGAGCUCAGGGAACAGCUGGAGAACUCCAAUUUCGAAAUCGGUAAAUUGCGAGACGAAAACUCGUCAUUGCUGAGUCUAAGAGACGAUCUGGAGCAAUCGAGGAAGACCUUGGAAUCUCUCCGAAGCGAGAACGAAGGAUUGAGAGUUUCUCUGUCCCAGAGGAACGCAGAAAGCACUAGAUUAGCGACAGAAGUCGACGAUUUAACCCUCAAGAACAAAAACUUGGAAGAAAAUCUGGCUGAACUAAAUAAAUCCCUGAAAUCUGAGUCCGAGACUUUGAGAACUGAAUUAUCAACGACUCAGUCUGACCUAGUGUUCUGCAGGUCCCAGAACGAGGAGUUAAAAUCCAAGUGUUCAGAAUUGGAAGACGAACUGUCUCGUCUCGAAGUGGAAAGAUCGAGAUGCCAGUCAAAACUCGAGGACUUGCACUCAUUAAAUCAAUCGAAUGAAGACUUGAGGAAAAAAAUAGAGACACUGGAGUUCUCGAAGAAAUCGCUAGUCUCGGAGAAUGAAUCUCUGCAGCUAGAGCUGGGGGAAAUGUUAAAAAGGGUUAAAGCUCUCGAGGAAGAGGUGUUCGAUUUGACAGAGGAGAACGGAAGAGUGAGGAUUGAACUCCAGAGACAGACGGAUGAUGUUAAUUCACUCAGGCAGAAUCUCAUCGACAAUCAGAAUCUCGUGAAGUCACUGGAGCUGAAGGAUGCGGAGUUGACGUCAUCCAAGGAAACACUUGAGAAUGAAUUGACAGUGGUUACCAAUGCCCUUGAGAAAGCCCGGGAACAAUUGGGAUUGGUGACUGCUGCUAAAGAGGCAAGUGAAGCGGAAUUAUUCGCCUUGAAGGGAGAGCUGAGGGAUCUGAUAGUAAAAUUGGAGGGGGCAGCCGAUAAAAAUAAAGAUAUCGAGGUGGAGAGGGAUGAAUUGAAGCGGCAGUUGAUUGGUUUGCAGGAAAAAUUGGCGGCGUGUGUUGCCGAGGGUGUGGACUUGAAGAGAGAAAUUAAAAGAAUCGGUCCUGAAAAUGAGGGAUUGAAGGGCGAAGUCCAUCAGCUGACUGCCGAUAUUGAUUUUUGGAAGAUGGAGAAGUGCAAGGUUGGAUUGGAAAUUGAUAAAUUGAGAGGUGAUCUGGAGAAAUCUCACGGGGAACUUGACAAAUGCAGGGGGAGAGUGCAGGAACUCGAGGAAAUUGGGAUUUCGUCGGAAUUGUUGAAGGCUGAUGUUGAAAAGCUUGGGAAGCUUUUGGAGGACGAGAAGAAGUCGAAUGCGAAGAGUUCGGUGAGGAUUGGGGAUUUGGGGGAUGAGCUGGAGGCCCUCAAGGUGGAGCUGAUGAACUCAAGAAGAGAUAAAGAGAGGCUCAAGGCUGAGCUUGAAGAGACUUCGGGGAAGAUCGCGUCGUUGAGGGAUGCGUCGGUUUCUCUGACUGAAGAAUUGUCGGCUUUAAGGAAUCGACACGAAGAGCUGAAGAGUGAGAAUAAGAAGUUGAAGACUGAGAAGGAGAAGCUGAAGACUGAUUCCCUCGCCGGUGGUGACACCAAGGCUUUGAUGAGUGAGAAUUCGGGGUUAAAGGGGAUAAAUGAUGAUUUGAAUUCGGAGAAUUCGAUGCUGAAACGAGAGAUCGAUGAUCUGCAAGGUAAAAAUUCGGAUUUGCUGUCGAUUGUAUCGAAAUUACAGUCAGACCUGGCGACUAGUGAUGCGUCGCGUGAAAAAUUGAAGGAGCAGUUGAGAGAUUUAACAUCAGGAGAACUGGAGUCUUUGAAAUCUGAUCUGGAGAAAUCCCAAAGAGCUCAUUCGAUGAGUGAGGGAAGGGCGCGAGAUUUGGAGAUGUCGUUGAAUGCUUUGAAAUCGGAAAGAGACAGUCUCGUCGCUGAGUUGAAUAACUUGAGAAGCCAGGGAGAUGCAUUGAGAAGUGCUCGAGAUAAGAUUGAGGGCCAGGCUGAGCAGAUCGAUGACCUGAACCGUGAAUUAUCGGCUUUGAAAGAUGGACUCGAGAGAUCUCGUCAAGAGGGUGAUAAAUAUAGGAUGGAGAUCGACAACCUGGGGAAGAGUAUCGCCUCAUUGCGGGAGGAUAAGGAGAAAAUGGUGGAUGAACUUGAGAGAUGCAGGAGUGAGUCUGCUAAAUUGUUGGGUGAGUCACAGGGUCUCAAGGAGAAAAUCGCGGGUUUGGUGGAGGAGGGGAAAAAUCUCAGGGCCAGCAAUGACUCGUUGAAGAGGUCUCUGGAGGAAGCCCAGGGGGGAGUCAGAUCCUGGGAGGAAGAGGAAAAGAAAUUGAAAGAGGAGUUGAAGAAGGCUGGAGAUCAAAUAGGUGAUCUGGCUCGAGAAAAAUCGCUGAAAGCAUCAGCCCUCGAGGAACUAGACGCUCUGAUAAAAUCCUCCGGAGUCACCACUCAAAAACUAAAAGACUUGGAGUUAGAGCAUGAAAAAUUACUCGAAGAAUUACAAAAACUGAGAAAUCAAUCCAGCGAGAUGGAUAAAGAGAGAGAGUCAAAAGAAAGCGCUCUGAAGGAGUUGGAGGCCCUUAAGAACACUCUGUCGAGCCUGAGAAAGGACUUGGAGUCUUGCAAAGCCAUUGAGACUCGUUUGAAAAAUGACCUAGAGGUAGCAGUUAACGAUUCAGCGAAAUUAAAAGCCGAGUUGGAUAUGAUUAAAGGUGAGAACAUUCGUCUGUCAAAUGACAUCGAGACAGCAAAGACCGAUGUGAAUCGGGGAAAACUACUGUUGAGUGAGUUGGAAUCGAGGUACACGAAACUUGAGGAGGAUCUAGAUGAAAGUAGAGGUGAAACGAUGAAAAUUAUGGUGAAACUGCAGAGUGUUGGUGAUGAGAAUGACAGACUGAAGGGUGAGAUGGAGGGGCUGAAGGGAGAGAUUUUGAGAAUUCAGGAACUCGAGGAGGCAUUAAAGCUGAAGGAUAAAGAUAACGAGAACAGCGAGAUGGAGAUGAAACGUUUGAGGAAUGAGAAUGAGAGAUUGAAGGGUGAUCUUGGAAAUAUGAGGGAUAAUUUAUCUCGAGUUGAUGAUGAUUUGAGGAGGAAAACUGUCGAUGCCGAAGGUUUUGAUGAAUUGAGGGUGGAGAUUCAAGGGCUCAGGGAUACCAAUGAGAAAUUGAAGAGUGAUUUACUCCGACUGAAAGCGGAAAACGAUUUAAUGAGGGAUCAAAUUGAUAAAUCGGAAAUUGAUAAUGGUGUUAUUAAUGAACUGGUGGGGCAAUUGAAUUUAAAGCCUGAGGUUGACCUUGGGGCAUUUGAGAGAGAGAUCGACCAGUUAAAAGUGGAAAAUUCAGAGUUGAAGCCUGAGGACGCCAGGGGUUCCAUGGAAUUGGAGUGGUUGAGGGUGGAAAUCGAUAGGAUUAGGGGUGAGAAUGAUAUUUUGAGAGGUGGAUUGGAUGACUCGAGCCUCCAGAAGACUCUGAAUGAGCUGACAAGGGAGAGACAAGCUGCUGAUGAUUUGAGGAGGGAAAAUGCUGCAUUGAGGAGAGACAUUGAGGUGUGUCGGGAUUCCGAGAGGCUGAGGCAAUCCACUGGUGAAAUAAAUGAUAAAAAGUCAAUACUCGGAGCUAAAGAGAGGAUCGAGUCACUCGAUGAAUUCUUCAUCGCGUUGAACUCACUGGAAAGGAGAUUUGAUCGACAAAUCAACGAUAUCAACGGUAUUAGGACGAUGAUUGAUUUAUUGGUGAAGGGAGUUUGGGAGGAGAAUAUUCGAGAACCUGGGGAUUCUUUUGGAACUGUCAGCGUUACGAAUUCUGUCGUUGCUGGAGUUAUUGAACAGUCGCGACAACUUUCUGAUUUUAUUUCCCAGGCGGAGAAGGAAUUGAUCAAUUUCGCAAAGAUGCACUCCUCUCAUGAAAAUGGGGCUUUUGAUCCAGAGUCUUGGUUGAAGUCACUUCCCCUGACCGCACUGGCCGAUUUGCACGAAAAAAUUUGCGAAUUAACGUCAAAUGUUGUUAGAGAGGAUCAGAAUGAUCCUGGGGCCCAGGGGGUUCACGAGAAUCCUCUCCAGCAGAGCUACGAGAUGCUCAACUCGAGGAUUGCAGCAUUGCAGCGGCAAAUAGUGGAUAAACACUUGGAGGCUGAGAAGAAGGUGAAAAAAAUGAGACGUACCCUGCGUCAUGAGCAGGCGGAAUUAAUUAAAAUAUCCGAGGCGAUGAAUUAUCAACGAAAACGCAAUUUGGCACUACAAUUGACGAUGGAUGAAGCGCCGUGCUGGAUUAAUGAUUGUCAGGCUGACUGCAGUGACAAUAAAAUUGUGGGAGAUUAUUUUCAUGUCUGA